AUGGCUAACAACGUGACGGUUACCAAAGAGGUUACUAGGCGCACCUUCACCUGCAGUUUCUUCCGUGAGGAUAUAACGCCUCUGAUUCGUUUGAGCACUUCAGUUACUGGGCAAAACUUGGAUGAGUUCAGGAAAACAUAUGGUCAUAUCCUACACAUGUUAACUUCUCGGGUUGAUGAAUGGGCUCUCUACACACUUCUUCAGUUCUACGAUCCUGAGUUACGAUGUUUCACCUUCCCUGAUUACCAACUGGCACCAACCCUUGAAGAAUAUGCUGAUAUCCUCAAGAUUAAGGUUCAACACAGGAUUCCUUUUGUAUGUGUACCUGAGAAACCGAAAAUGGACCGAAUUGCUGCUGAUACCCUUGUUAUUGAGAAGAAAUGGAAAGAAUUCAAUGCUCUCUUAGCUGUUAUGAUCUAUGGCUUGGUGUUGUUCCCGAAUAUCCCGAAUUUCGUCGAUCUUACUGCCAUUUGCCUCUUUAUGGAUCAAAACCCUGUGCCUACUCUCUUGGCAGAUACUUAUUAUGCUGUUCAUUCCAGGUAUGGGACGAAGGGAGCCGUUGGAGGCUGUUUGUCGUUGUUAUACGAGUGGUUCACUUCACACUUGCCUAAAAGUGGACCGUUUGUCACAACAAAAGACUCACAGAAAUGGCCUCAAAGGAUCAUGGGGCUUACGGCGAAUGACAUCGUUUGGUAUCACCUUGGGAAAGGGAUAGAGGAAGUUAUUACUAGAUGUGGUAGUUUUGACAACGUCCCCCUCAUAGGGACGAAGGGAGUUAUCAAUUACAAUCCAAGGCUAGCGCUGCGUCAGUUGGGUUUUGCACUGAAGGACAAGCCAUUAGACAAGGAAAUAUUUGAAUCUGUUUGCUUUAAGAAAGGGGCCGAUCCAGAGGGUCUAGAAAAAGUGAGGAGCGCCUGGAAUAGUAUUCAUACAGAUGACCGAACCUCCUUGGGAGGGAAGAAUGCCAUUGCUAAACAAGCCUACACUGAUUGGGUAAAAGAUAGAGUCAAGAAGCGCCUAUUGCCUUUCCCGAAGGUUAAACCAUUGUACGAACAACCACCUGAAGUUUUAACUGCCACCGUGCCAGCUGAAGACUAUACCCAGGUACAUGUGGAAAACAUCCGGUUGCGUGAGAAAAGGGAAGAUGCUAAGAUAGAAGUUCAAAAGAGGACUAGAACCGAAAAGGGUGAAAAGGCUACCACUAUCAUUGUCGAGGAUAACGAGAAGAUCAUAAAAAAGGCCAUAAAAGAGGCAGAAGAGAAGCUCAAGCAAAAGUACAGAGAAGACUUGAAGGCCUGCAAGCUCCAGUUAGAAAAAGAGACUAAAUAUCAGCUGAGGACUAUGAAAAAGAAACUGGAAGAUGAGGUUACUCAGAGAAUAGCAGUCGAGACACAGCUGAAAGGAAGUCACCUCCGCUCCGCUCGACUAACAGAAGAGAAUGUCAAGCUCAGAAAUCAAAUGGCAAAUAUGGAGAAUGCACCUGAGAAGGAUUAUCUCCCAGAAUGUCAUUCAAUUCAUGCAGUCAUAUCAUUGUUACCAUUCAAAGACUGGCAAGAAAGAGCUUUUAUGGCAAAGAAUUCCUGA